GCAGACCAUCGAAAUGUUUGCACGUUGCCGCGCGCUAAUAUUUUAUCUGCUGAUCUGUCUUUUUGCUCGGCAAACAAUACUCGUGCUCGGCCAGGUGCCAAUCGAUGGGUUCUGUGCUCGCUAUUCCGGAAAAGAUGUAAAUGUGACACGGUUCAUGGGGGAGUGGUAUGAGGUGGCCCGCGUUCCGGCAAGCAAUUUGUCUUGUGUGAAGACAAGCCUCGGUGUUGACGCACAGCAGGACAUUGUAAAUGUGAAUACCAGUUUCUCCUAUGCAAGGGAGAAGCCUUUUAUUACGUACAACAUGAUAGGGGCAGUAUCGGUUCCAAAUCUCGCGCCCCUCGACCUAUAUAAUUUCUCCUACACACUGGAGAACUCUGUAUUACCCUACACAUCGUACAAACUCGUGGCAACAGACUACGACGACAUUUCAUUCAUAUGUGGAUAUCAAAAUACGAGCGGAACAACAGAGACCUUUGGCUUUGUCCUACAACGGGAUCCAAUAAUACGGAGCCAGAAUACAUCCAAUUUUAUCGCAAUACUUGGCAUGUCGAUGAUCGUGCAAGGCUCAUCUUGUCCCGGCUAUACCCCUACUCCCAGCAGCCCCGAUUCCGGCUCUACACUUUCAUUUUCUCUCUACCUUCUGUUAGCCUUAAUUUCUCUGCACUUAUUGCGUAAAUAAUUUAUAAUUAAAUAAUAAAAAAUUUAGAAACAUUUACAAACUUGCA